AUGGACAACGACGACCUGCUCGCGACGCUGGCAGAUUUCAUCAGCGACUACAGAAGCCGGAAUAUUUCCAACUCUGCGAACUUAUCAAACAUAGCACUCCAUUUUCUCGACAGUACUGCCACGGCCGCGUACGUGUGCGCUCUGAGGCCGCUUGUGGUCGAGGUGGCGUCGCGCAUUGCGAGCAACGGCGAGAUCGAAAGGGCGUACUUGAGACACCGCGACAAGACGGUGUCUGUUGCAGGGUCCGUGGCCCUGAGCAGUCUGGCCAAGAUCGGCUCGAGCUGUCCGGAGACUUUGACGAUUAUCGAGCUCUAUUUGCAGAAAAACCACUUCUUCAGCAUGAUCGACCUCGAAACCAUCGACCAGCACGAACUGCAGUCCGUCUUCCUCUCCUUUUUCAGGCUUCUGACCGCAGAUAGGGAGAAGUUCCACCGGUACGUCGACUCUGCGCUUUUGCACUCUGCAGUUAGUUCGGAGAAAACGUCGGCUGUCAACAAGCUGCUUGCAGUCAAAAUCCUCGCCAUCCACCUGUUUCUGUCCGAAAAGGUGGCAGUUGAAAUGAUCCGCAACCAUAUUGGCCCGGGCCCCUUUUUGGGCGUCUAUGAGGGCGUCGACGGCAUCGACUACGAGUUUCUUGCAUUAUACGAAGCACAGCGGCUUGCCGGCCUGCUGAAAUACCCGUGUCUGCAGGCCGCCCGCACGGAAAACAAGUACACCGUCAAGUUUGUGCAGGCAGACUUCUCUGACGGCGCGACGAUCGUGGCCGACGUGGUGCUCCCCAACAUCGGCGGCCUCGUGCGCGGCAGAGCAGAGCACGUCCCUAGCUCCGAAUUCGUGCCGCUUCCAAAGUCUCUGGCUUCCAUGAACCGGCUGGCGCAAAGCAUACAGAGAUCCGAACCUGUGCUGCUGGUAGGCCGCUCGGGGACGGGCAAGACGUUCCUGAUCAACGAGGUGGCCAAACAGCUGCAGCUGGACACGAUGGUGAAGAUCCACCUGAACCAGCAAACAGACCCGAAGCUGCUUCUGGGAACGUACUCGUCGGGAGCCAAGCCGGGCACUUUUGAGUGGAAAAACGGUGUUCUGACGACCGCCGUCAAGGAGGGCCGCUGGGUGCUUGUGGAGGACAUCGACAAGGCUCCGAACGAGGUUCUGUCGAUUCUGCUGAGCCUGCUGGAGAAAAGAGAGCUCACGAUUCCGUCCCGAGGCGAGGUGAUCAAGGCCGCGAACGGGUUCCAGCUGAUCUCGUCGCUGCGUGUUGCGGGCGACUUGCGCAGAGUGGCGUUGCCCGACAUGAUCGGGUUGCGGCUGUGGAACGUUGUGGAGCUCGAGGAGCUCGACGCCAACGAGCUGCGCACGAUUCUGGACACCAAGUUCCCGCUGCUAGCUAAUUUCACCGCCAUGUUUAUCAGGUGCUUCCAGGACGUGAGGGAGCUGUACGGCUCGCGCAAGUUUCUGAGCAUGAACAGGGGCGCGCAGCCGAGAGCUCUCACCAUCAGAGACCUCAUGAAGCUGUGCAGACGGUGCACGCGGAUCCUGGAGGACCGGCACGUCGACAGCGCCAGUCUGCUUCCGGAGGAGGUGUUCGACCUUAUUUUCCAGGAAACGGUGGACUGCUUCACUAGCUCGAUAGCCGAGCGCAGCCCGAUUGAGGCCGUCGUGCAGGCCGUCGCCGUGUGCUUGGAGGUGCCGACGUCGCGGGCAACGGUGCACGUGAACAAGCACGUGCCGUCGUUCGAGGAGUUUGCCGACUCUGUGUCUGUGGGGCGGGCGCAUCUGCGCAAAAAGGCGGCUCUGGGGCUGAAGCCGGCGCGCAAGAGCACGGCAUUUGCCCGGACCAACCAUUGUCUGCGGCUGAUGGAGAAGAUCGGCGUCGGUGUGGCGCUGUGCGAGCCGCUGCUGCUUGUAGGAGAAACAGGCACGGGCAAGACGACGAUCGUCCAGGAGAUGGCGCGGCUGCUCAACAAGAAGCUCACCGUGAUCAACGUGUCGCAGCAGACGGAGGUGGGCGACCUGCUGGGCGGGUUCAAGCCGGUGACGACGAAGAGCCUGGCGAUCCCGGUGCAGGAGGACUUCGAGGAGCUGUUCCGGCGGUCGUUUUCCGUGAAGAAGAACGAGCAGUUCCUGAAGCUGCUGGCCAAGAUGUUCAACAGGGCGCAGUGGAAGGGCGUGGUGCGGCUGUGGCGCGAGGCGUUCAAAAUGGCCGAGACGCUGUUUGCGAAGCAGGACGACGAGCUCGCGAAAAAACGCAGGCUGAACGACACCGACAAGGCCGCGCUGAUGGCCGAGUGGCGCGCGCUGUACGAGCGCGUGCGGGAGUUCGAGAAGCAGGCCAGCUCCGCGGACAAGUCGCUCGUGUUCAAGUUUGUCGAGGGCUCGCUGGUGCACGCGGUGCGCAGCGGCGACUGGGUGCUCCUGGACGAGAUGAACCUGGCGGCGCCAGAAACGCUCGACAGCGUGGCGGAGCUGCUGAACGAGGAGGCCGCGCAGCGCAACCUGCUGCUGUCGGAGAAAGGAGACGUCGAGAGCGUGAAGGCGCAUCCUGAGUUCCGCAUCUUUGGUUGCAUGAACCCUGCUACCGACGUGGGCAAGAAGGACUUGCCCGAAGGCAUCCGGUCGCGGUUCACGGAGGUGUACGUGCACUCGCCCGACCAGGACAUCGCCGACCUGCUCAUGAUCAUCGACAGCUACAUCGGCCGCUACGCGCUUGCCGACGAGUGGGUCGGCAACGACGUGGCGGAGCUGUACCUGGCGGCGAAGCGGCUCGCCGACACGAACGAGAUCGUCGACGGCAGCAACCAGAAGCCGCACUUCAGCGUGCGCACGCUCACCCGCACGCUACAGUACGUGCGGGACAUCGUGGCGAUCUACGGGCUCCGCCGGUCGCUGUACGAGGGCUUCUGUAUGUCGUUCUUGACGCUGCUGGACGCCGAGUCGGAGGCCAAGCUGCGGCCGCUGAUCGAGAAGCACACGAUCCAGCGGCUGAAAAACGCGCGCUCCGUGCUGGCGCAGGUGCCUGCCGACCCGUCCAGCGACACGCAGCGGUACGUGCAGUUCAAGCACUACUGGAUGCGGCGCGGCCCGCACGAGCCGGAGCAGCAGCCGCACUACAUCAUGACGCCGUUUGUGGAGAAGAACCUGAUGAACCUUGUGCGCGCGUCGAGCGGCCGGUUCCCUGUGCUGGUCCAGGGCCCGACCUCGGCGGGCAAGACCUCCAUGAUCAGCUAUCUGGCGAAGAUCACGGGGCACACGUUUGUGCGCAUCAACAACCACGAGCACACCGACUUGCAGGAGUACUUGGGCACGUACGUGUCGGACGACACGGGCAAGCUUGUUUUCCGCGAGGGCGUGCUGGUGGACGCGCUGCGCAAGGGCCACUGGAUUGUGCUGGACGAGCUCAACCUCGCGCCGACCGACGUGCUCGAGGCGCUCAACAGACUGCUCGACGACAACAGAGAGCUGUUUAUCCCGGAAACCCAGGAGGUGGUGAGGCCGCACCCGGACUUUAUGCUGUUUGCCACGCAGAACCCGCCGGGGCUGUACGGGGGCAGAAAAGUGCUGUCCAAGGCUUUCCGCAACCGGUUUUUGGAGCUGCACUUUGACGACAUCCCGCAGGACGAGCUCGAGAUCAUCUUGCGCGAGCGGUGCCAGAUCGCGCCGUCGUACGCGCGCAAGAUCGUCGAGGUGUACCGGGAGCUGUCUGUGCAGCGGCAGAGCACGCGGCUGUUCGAGAAAAAGAACUCGUUUGCCACGCUGCGCGACCUGUUCCGCUGGGCUUUGCGCGACGCCGUCGGCUACGAGCAGCUCGCCGCCAACGGGUACAUGCUGCUGGCUGAACGUGUGCGACGCGCAGAGGAGAAAGAGGUGGUCAAAACGGCGAUCGAGAACGUGAUGCGCGUCAAGCUGGACAUGGACGGCUACUACGCCCAGCUCGAGCAGCAGGAGCUGGCGCCGCUGCUGCGGCGCCCAGGACCUGUUGUCUGGACCAAGGCCAUGCGCCGGCUCGCCGUGCUUGUGGCCAUGUCCAUUAAGCACAAGGAGCCGCUGUUGCUCGUCGGUGAGACCGGGUGCGGGAAAACGACGGUCUGCCAGCUGGUCGCCGAGUUCUACGGCAAGGAGCUGAUCGUUGUCAACGCACACCAGAACACCGAAACGGGCGAUUUGCUCGGGUCGCAAAGACCAGUCAGAAACAGACAGAAGCUCAAGGAUAACCUCGAGGCAGGGCUGCGCGGCGUGCUCGCCGCACACGGCGCCACGUACGACGGCCUGGAGUCCGCUAUGGGCGUCUACAAUGACUUGCGGCGCCAGGGAGCGCUUUCUGACGAAGAGACAAAGACUGUGGAGCAGCUGCUCGCCGCGUCGCGCGUGUUAUUCGAAUGGUUCGACGGCCCGCUCGUGACGGCAAUGAAAAAGGGCUGCUUUUUCCUGCUGGACGAGAUCUCGCUCGCCGACGACUCCGUGCUCGAAAGACUAAACUCUGUGCUGGAGCCAGAACGCAGCCUGCUGCUUGCGGAAAAGGGCAGCGAGGAUGCCGCCGUGGUGGCCCACGAAAGCUUCCAGUUCCUCGCCACGAUGAACCCGGGCGGCGACUACGGCAAGAAAGAGCUGUCGCCAGCGCUGCGGAACAGGUUUACGGAGAUUUGGGUGCCGUCGAUGGAGAGUUUCGACGACGUGCGCCAGAUCGUGGAGACGCAGCUCGUGCCGGGAAAUGGACACCUGGCAGACGCCGUGGUGCGCUUUUCGGAAUGGUACGGUCUGCGGCUGGGCAACGGUUCCGCAACAAGUGGCGUCAUCUCACUCAGAGACAUUCUGGCGUGGGUCACGUUCAUCAACUCUGCCACGACCAACGGCACGGCGCCCGCAGCAGCCCUGCUCCACGGCGCAUGCAUGGUGUUUAUUGACGGGCUCGGAACGAACAACACCGCCUUCCUCGCCGACGACGAGGAAAACCUGCGCAAAACAAAACUCGAGUUUGUGCAAAAGCUCGCCGAAUUCAGCGGUGACGACUUGCAACCGCUCUACACGGCACCUUGUGAGGUUCACGUGACAGAUGAUCACGUGAUCUGCGGCCAGUUCCGGGUUUCGAGGGCCUCCACCAGUCAGGACUCGAAUUUCAACCUAGCUGCGCCAACGACGGCGGCGAACGCGAUGCGCGUGGUGCGUGCGAUGCAGAUCCACAAGCCAAUCCUGCUCGAGGGCAGUCCCGGCGUGGGCAAGACCAGUCUUGUUUCCGCGCUGGCGGCGGCCGUCGGCAAAAGUCUUACACGGAUCAAUCUUUCCGAGCAGACAGACCUGAUCGAUCUGUUCGGGUCGGAUUCACCUGUUGAAGACGGCGAGGCCGGCGAGUUCAGAUGGCGUGAUGCUCCGUUUUUGCGUGCCAUGAAGCGCGGCGACUGGGUUUUGCUCGAUGAGAUGAACUUGGCCUCACAGUCUGUGCUGGAAGGGCUGAAUGCCUGUCUCGACCACCGUGGCGAGGCGUAUAUUCCCGAGCUGGACAGGAGUUUCCGCAGCCACCCGGACUUUUUGGUGUUUGCUGCUCAAAACCCACAGCACCAGGGCGGUGGCAGAAAAGGUCUGCCGAAAUCGUUUGUGAACCGGUUUUCGGUGGUGUAUGUCGAUAUGCUGACGGAGGUGGAUCUAAAGAUGAUUGCGCGUCAUUUGUAUCCACAGCUGGACCACAGCGUUAGUGACAAACUGGUGGACUUUGUUUCGCUGCUAGAAAAAGAGGUGGUGCUCCACCGCAAAUGGGGAGCUGUUGGCGGGCCGUGGGAGUUUAAUUUGCGGGAUACGCUGCGGUGGCUCUCGCUGAUGAGCUCGCCGAGCCUGCUGGAGUCGCCAGCCCCCGGUGACUUUUUCGAGAUGGUGGUUCAACACCGUUUCCGGACGUCUGCCGACAGAGAGCGCGCACAGGAGCUAUACGAGCAGGUGUUUGGAGCCAGAGCUCCAACUGCGCCGUACUAUCAGAUGACGCUGGACUACGUGCAAUGCCAGGCGGAGCUUGUGCCGCGCAACAGACUGAACCAGUAUCUCGCCGACGACAAGCUGAGCCCGCUGCAGUGCAAUUUCACGGCAUUGGAGACGCUGCUGCGAUGCGUCAAAAAGCAGUGGCCGCUGAUCCUUGUCGGCCCCUCGAACGCGGGCAAGACCGAGCUGGUGCGGUUUGCGGCCGGCGUCGUCGGCACGCGACUGUACGAGUUCUCGAUGAACAACGAUAUCGACAGCAUGGACAUUCUGGGUGGCUACGAGCAGGACGACCUGUCACGUGAGAUUGCCGAGUUUGCACAGGACCUGCAGACGUAUCUGAUGCAGGCUGCCGCGUACAAUUUGCUGUCCAGCGCGGGCAACGUGGCCGUUUUGCAGCACACGUUGCGGUUCAUCGACUACUUGGCUACGCAUGAGAUUUCCAGGGGGCAGUUCGAUGAAUUGCAACGGCAUUUUGCCGUGCUACAGAAAUCUGUGGAAUCGGACAAGUUCCAGGAGCUGGAGGCCCGGUACACGGUUCUCUGCGAAAAGCUCGCCCAGGGCGACAAGAUCAAGUUCCGCUGGUUCGACAGUCUGCUCGUGCAGGCCGUUGAAAAAGGCCAUUGGCUGGUGCUGGACAACGCCAACCUGUGUAGCCCGAGCGUGCUGGAUAGACUCAACUCGCUGCUGGAAAUGGACGGCUCACUGGUCAUUAACGAGUGCACGGACGCAGAUGGAAACCCGCGCCACUUGCGGCCGCACCCUGAUUUCCGGCUCUUUUUGACUGCCGAUCCAAGAUACGGCGAGCUUUCGCGCGCCAUGCGCAAUAGGGGCAUCGAAAUCUAUCUGGAACAGAUCGAGCAACGCGCCACGAGCUUCGAUAGACGGCUGCUGGCACGUGAGAGUGUCUCGGCACAUGUGAGCUCGUAUGACGCCGGGGUGGCUGCGCUCGCCGUGCUGGCCGACGCGCUGACCAAGCCGGGCAAACAUCUUGCGGACGUCGCGGCAGCGGCGCUGCCUAUGUGGUCGCACACGCAGAUAUCUGCGCUGGUUGCAAAUGCGGCCAAAUUGCCAAACUUCAGGCACAUUUGCGCCGCUCUAGAACAAAUUGCGGGCCGGCUCGAGUUCUACAGCUCGCUACAGCUCCCUGCGCAAAUUUCAGAUCUGUACGAGGCUGCGCAGACCAACAAGCCAGUCAAAGUCGCCGUUGCCGCCCAGCCGCUCCAGCCGCUGCUCAACAGCUACAUUCUGAACAGUUUGGCCCAGCAACGGCCGCAGCUCGACUCGCCGGAAACGGUCUACUUCUUCCACGACGUGGGCAUGCUCUAUGCGGCUCAGCAGUUCCUGAAAAAGCUACACGCGCGCGCCGAAAACGCCAAGGUCACAGAACUCACGUACCUUGAACGGUCGGCUGCACAGGCCGUUGGAAGAACGCUGAAAAACGUGCCGCGACUCGACGUUUAUGGCCUUGUGCUCGGGAUUGCCGAGUUUGUGCGAUCGGAGCUAAAGGCGGCGCAAAGCCGGUGGACCGUUUCCGGCCAGUUCCGCGCGCUGUUCAAGCUCAUGUUCAUUUGGCAGGGCAUCGUGGACUGUUCGACCGUGCAGCACGAAACCAAGCUGCGCAUCUACCAGGAAAAAAUCCUGGCUUGGCUGGAUAAGUACCCCGGCAAUGGCGAGCCGCUGCGCGCUGUCGCCGAGUCGUUCGCCAAGCAGCUAGAGCUCCGCCAGGGCCACUCCAUGGCGCUGAUCUGGGAAAAGAGCAAAGCGGUGUAUCCAGCGACGGCCGAGUCGUGGCAGAGGUACCAGCUGCUCGUCGACGCGGCGGCCGAGUUCGACCAGGUCUGCAUGGAGCAGUACUCGGAGAAUUUCGAGGUGGUGGCAAAUCUGAGGCAGACGUUUGUCACAGUGCUUGAGCAGUGUGUGGCGGGCGUUUCUGUGGACUUUCUGGACGAGAUCACGGAGAAAAUCGCUGCAUUGAAACGAAUCUCGGCCUCGUUCCUCAACGCCAGAAAACACCCCUACGCCGCAAUGUUCGACCUACUGCUCAACUUCGUCGACCUGGCGUGCUGCAGCGACAAUCAGCCGCUCGCAAUGAGCGCAGAAAAUCUGAAACUCGCGCUCCUGGCCGCCCGACCAACGCUCUCGCUCACCAAGUGGAACCAGAGCCCGUUCAAGCCGUAUCCGCGGAUCCUGGAUAACCUGUGGGCCGGAGACUCGCAGUCCAAGAUCUCGGGGCUUCUGGGGCAGCAGCUGGUGGAGCAGCUUGUCGACGCCGGCCAGAAUAUGAAACAGCUCUCUGGAGCAGCCAUAGACGAGGCGCUGUCAGAUUCCAAGUUUUUGCUGCAGACGGUACUGAAAAAUAGCACGGCGUUGAAUAGCCCGUUGGAAAAUCUGCGGCGGCUCCUGGUGCACUGGAUUCUGCACAUCUGCGCGAUCCACACGGGCAGCACGACGGAGCUUGCUCAGCUGAACGAUUCUCUCUCCGUCCAGUCCAUCGCCAGCUACCAGACAACGCUGCGCGACGUGCCGUUCUUUUCCGACGUGUUUGCGCACUUCUUUGCGCCCGUGCUGCUUGCACACACCACACGCAGCGACCUGGGUCGCGCCUGGGUCCUCUUUGCCUGCGGCAUGCUCGCGCUCUUCGUGCCGAGCCAGGCCAACGACCCGGCUGUUGCGGAUCACGUGAUCUACGACGACUAUGUGCGGUUGCAACAGCUGGUGACGGAUAUCCGCAGCUCGUGGGCUGCGUACUGCGGCGUUGUGUUCGGCGAUAGGGCUGUGCACGUCGAGGGCCUGCUGCCGAUCGUCGACGAGGCUGCGCCUGCGGCGCCAAAGGUGUACCGGUCGGGCGAGCCGAUCGAGGCCCUAUUCCAGGAAUGGACGAUCUUUCUGGACUCUGCCGUGAAAAACAGGACUAUUGGGUCGCUGAUGGAGGCCGCUGAGGCGACGAUGCUGAAGAGCGCGCUCGAGGUGCAGAAUCUGCACCGCAACUCGACGCAGUUCUUCCUGCGUCUCAGACAGAACUUCAGCGAGUUUGCCGACCUCAACGACGUGCUGGCAGGCUUUGUGUACGCAUUGCGGCUGGGUCUUGAUCUUCUUGGUGAGGGCAAGCUGUGCGACUCAAAACUCUGGCCCGUGGACCCUUCUGUGCUGGGCAACGCCGACAAACUGGCGCAGACGCUUACGCAGACCAACCAGCUCGUGAAAUCGCGGUCGAUCGACGCAGCCGACGCGGAAAAGCUGAUCGUAUUCGAGGUCAAGGCGCUGCAUUUCCAGCGCCAGCAUGCGGCAAACUCAGACGAGCUGCUGCACGCGGCGCUGAUGACGGCAUAUUACCGCUGGAGCAUGCGGCGACUUAAGCUCGAGGAGCAGGAGUCUAAGCAGCACGGCGUGUUCCAGUACGACGACGCCAGCGUCGACGCUGAAAAAGAGUUCGCGCAGCUGUUCCCUGACGCGGAGAUCGAGGUCUCGGGCGGUGCACAGACGGCGGGCUGGGACGAGUUGUACGCGGAGCUUUCAGGUGCUUUUUGCAGCUACCAUUUGGACAGCCCGCUUGGACUGCAGCAGCUGGUGCUGGAAGGCGCGUCUGUGGUGGAAUGUGUCGGGCAACUGGUUGCCCGAGAGAGCUGUGCCAUCAACAGUCCUUCCCUGCUCGCCAGCUCCGUCCUGCAGAUGGCCCGUGCAAUGGACACGUUUGCCACGAACGAAAACCGCACGCUCGACUUCUACCGCGACUUCAGCCCUCACGAAACUCGCCGCUCAGGCCAGCUCGUGCUCGCCCUGCAAGGUCACGUGAGCGAGCUGCUUCAACAGUGGCCCGAGCACGCAACGUUGCAGCAGCUGUUGCGCAUCUGCGAGGAGUAUCUUGCGUACCGCGCCGACACGCCGCUGUUCCGGCUGCUCGCGAAAAUUGAGCAGAUCUACACGUUUGUUAACGAGUGGGAGAAAUAUGCGCACUCGGGCGUGUCGCUGCAGCGACACUUCCAGAAUCUGGCCGAUCUAGUUGUUUCGUGGAGACGGCUUGAGCUGAGUUCAUGGAAGGAGAUCUUGGCGAACGAGGAGCGCGCUUUUGAGACAGGCAUGGGCAAGUGGUGGUUCCAUUUAUUUGAGAGCGUUGUUGUGCCGGAACAUCAAGACGUGGCGCAGCUGGUGGGGGCCGUGAACGUCUUUAUCUCGCAAGCCACGCGCGGUGACAUGAAGCACCGGUUCAGGUUGGUGCGGGCGUUUGCGGAGCACGUUAAGGCUCAGCAGGAGUUGCAUGACGCACUGUACAACGUGCUGGACUUUUUCCAACCAUUUCUGGCCGCCGUCGAGGAAACAGUGGCUGCAGAAAAGAAGGUGCUCGACAAACAGGUCAAGGAGGUCAUUUUGCUAGCCAGCUGGAAGGAUAUCAAUGUCGAUGCUCUGAAACAGAGCUCGCGCAAGUCGCACCAAAGCCUGUACAAGCUGGUGCGCCGGUACCGGGACGUUUUGAGCGGCACGGUCGCUGAUAUGAUCGAGAGUGGACUGAAAGCGCCUGUCAGUCAAUUUUUGCCAAAGACUAUUGGCACCUGCCCAGUUGCUCUUGGCGACUUGCCGGCUACGGACAUUUCGAUGUUCAAAAACAUCCACACCGUCCACCGCAACAUGGAAACUUACCUGGGCGAGCUCGCAGCAGAGCCUGUUGCUCCGUUCUAUGAGUUCUGCCAUGAGAUCGUCCAGGCAGCAGAAAAGCUGCGUGCAGAAACGCCAAAAACGCUAACCGACGAGAACAAAAAACAGGUGGCGGCUCUCAAACAGGAGAAGCGCAAGCUGCUGAGCGACACCUUGAAGGAGCUGCGCCGCAGCGGGCUCAAGCUGCAGACCAACACGAAAACUCAGGCCCUGCUUGCGUCGACGACGGCGGUGCUGGCCAACUCGCGCACGUUCCGCCACACGGCCCUCGAGGGGUGCGACGUGUACUUUUUCCGUGUGCUGGAGCUGCUUCCGCGCUUGCGCGCGGCGGUGGCUAACUGCCACGCCGAGGUGCCCGUGACAGACGCGCAGAAGGCGCUAGCCGCUGCUGAGAACGUGCUGGUGUCGCUGGUCGCGACGCGGCACAAGAUUGGAGACGUGUGUGCUGCUCGGGACGCCGUCGAGGACGCACUCAGGACUUUGCGUCCUGCCACUGCAGACAAGAUUGUCGGUGUGGAUCCACACGCCGCACACGUCGUUGCCACCGUGCGCAAGUUGCCCGAGGUGGUUGCCAUGGCAACCAAAGUUUCUGAGGUGGCUGCAGGGCUCGACGUGGGCCCUGUGCUGAAAGUUGAAGACGUGCAACUGGUGCUUGAGAACAGGCUGCUUACACAGAGCGACUGGGACAGGCUGAAGGCGGCGCGGCGCGGGCUCGACUCUCUGCGCGCACAGCUCGCCGCGUGGAAACAGACUCAUCCGGCGCUCGGUUUUGUCGCAGACACCGUGCUGGACUGGCUCGAUGCGUCGGUCUCGCUCGACCAGCUGUCGCUGGUCGAGCACGACGCCAAUGUUGCCGCGGCCGGCAGCGAGCUGUUCGGCUCUGUGCUGGUGAGCAUCCAAAAGAUCCGGCAGCUGCAAACUGCCCCACUCGACGAGGACGCGGACAACUGGUUUGUGGACAGCCAGCGUCGGUUAGCGAAGCUGCUGGGCCUGUUGUAUGGCGACGUGCUGAAAGAGCGGGUCGGCAACUUUGUGCAGUUGCUGGAGCAGUUGCACUAUGACGACGGCGUCGACGGCGCCGUGCGUGCGCUGCUGUGCUACGUGGUGCCCGUGUUGGAGCACUACUUCAACGCGGCGAGUAUAGUGCUGGGCAAAGCGCAGGCCAACUACGUGGGGGUGUCACGUGGCCUUUUUGAGCUGUGCACGCUGCUACUGAGCGUGGCUACCGACGGGUUCUGUUCGCCGGACGGUGCCAGUGACGAGGAGUCUGGGCCUGCCGAGAGCGGCACGGGUCUGGGCGACGGCGACGGCGACGGCGCGACGAAUCACUCGAAGGACGUGGAGGAGGACGAGAAUCUGGAUGACCUCGUUGGGGGAAAGCAGGAGCGGGACCAGAACGACGGAGAAGAGGACAAUGACGACGCCGUGGACGUGGAGGGCGACAUGCAGGGCGAUCUGGAGGAGCUGGAUGCUCAGGAUGGCGAGGACGAAGAUGACGGCGACAACGAUGAGGAGUCUGCGGACGAGGAAGUUGGCGACGUGGACGAUCUGGACCCCAACGCUGUGGACGAGAAGAUGUGGGACGAGGAAGCGUCGGGCGAGAAGGAGAAGGAGAAGGACGACUUGAAAGGCCAGACGGGCGAGGACAUGGAGGCCGUGGAUGAGGAGAAGGAAGGAGACGGCGACGGCGAGCAGGAGAAGGCCGAGGAGGCGAGCGACGGCGAGCAGGAGGAUGUUGGCGAGCAGGAGGACGAGGUCCGCGACGGCGACGACGCAGAGAUGGACGUCGAGCAGGGCGAGGCCCUGGAGCUACCGGAGGACCUGAAUUUGGACGGAGAGGAGGAAAGCGAGGACGAUGAAAAGGAUGGAGUGGAGGACAUGGAGAUCGACGAGGAGGCAGAGGACAACGAAAGAGAUGGGGGAGAAGACGAAGCGGAAGCAAAGGAGGAGGAAGAAGGCGAAGGGGAAGAAGAAGAGGAGGGAGAAGAGGAAGGAGAAGAGGAAGCUGAAGGCGAGGGCGAGCGUGCUGAGCCAGAAGAUGCUGGAGAAGAGGAAGCGGAGCAAGGCGAAGCAGAAGGCGAAGAAGGGGCAGACGGCUCGGACGAAGAGGCGUCUGAGGAGCUCAAGACGGAGGCCGCUCCAGAGGCAGACGCAGAGGCCGCAGACGCAGCGGAGGGCGGCGCGGACAGCGCGCCGGACGCCGUGCGGGACGCCGAGUCGGCGGCGGCGGCAGACGACGGCGCACAGGCCGAGGGAGCCAGCGCGAGCGCAGAGACCGAGCAGGACAACGUGGGCGCGAGCGGCGCGGCGCAGGCGCAGGACGCGCAGGAGCAGACCGACCGGUCGCGCGAGUCGGCCGCCAGCACGCUGAAGCAGCUCGGCGACUCGCUCAAGGAGUUCUACAGACGGCACCAGGAGAUACUGGAGGCCGACGUGGACGCGGCAGAGCAGACGGGCGAGAACCCGGACGAGUUCCAGCACCUGGACGGGGAGAACGCGCAGAGCGACACCCAGGCGGUCGGCGCUGCGGCGCAGGAGCAGGCGAUGAAGAUGGACGACGAGAUGGAGAUCGAGGAGCCGGAGCAGGCGCCGGAGCAGGCGCCGGAGCAGGGAGCCGCGGAAGGCGGUGACGAUGGCGACGCGGAAGGCGUCGAAGGUGUCGCCGACGCUGCGCCGCCCGAGCGCGCGCCAGACAUCAAGCAGGAGCGCGUGCCCGGCCUGCGCGCCGACGACGAGAUGGACGAGGACGAGGACGAGGACACGCCGAUCGACGCUGCCACACCUCGCACCGCCACCGCCGCGCGCGCGCCCGAGGAGGCGGCGGCGCUGUGGCAGCGGGCGGACGAGGCCACGCGGGAGUUCACGGCGGGGCUGUGCGAGCAGCUGCGGCUGAUUCUCGAGCCGACGGUCGCCACAAAGCUCAAGGGCGACUACAAGACCGGCAAGCGGCUCAACAUGAAGAAAAUCAUCCCCUACAUCGCGUCGCAGUUCCGCAAGGACAAGAUCUGGAUGCGCAGAACCAAGCCUAGCAAGCGGCAGUACCAGAUCAUGAUCGCCGUCGACGACUCGAAGUCGAUGGCCGAGUCGAAGGCCGUCGAGAUCGCGUUCCAGUCGAUCGCGCUCGUUUCCAAGGCGCUGACCCAGCUCGAGUCCGGCCAGCUCUCGGUCGUCAAGUUCGGCGAGUCCACCGACGUGGUGCAUCCGUUCGACGCCCAGUUCACCGCCGACGCCGGCGCGAGGGUGUUCCAGAACUUCACGUUCGAGCAGACGCGCACCGACGUGCGCAGGCUCGUGGCUACGUCGCUGGAGCUGUUUGCUGCCACCAAGCCGGCAUCGGAGAAUCUGUGGCAGCUGGAGAUCGUUCUGUCGGACGGCGUGUGCGAGGACCACGAGACGAUCCGGCGGCUGGUGCGGCGCGCGCGCGAAAACCACAUCAUGCUGGUUUUCGUGGUCAUCGACGGCAUCGCCAACACGGAGAGCAUACUACAGAUGAGCCAGGCAAAAUACGUGCCCGACGCGUCGGGCGAGCUCAAGCUGCAGGUCCACAAGUACCUGGACACGUUCCCGUUCGAGUACUACGUGGUGGUGAGCGAGAUCGAGGAGCUGCCCGAGAUGCUGGCCUCGAUUCUGCGCCAGUUCUUUGCCGAGACGGGAGAAAGAUAA